AUGGGAGUCGUCAGGGGUGGUGGAGAGGGAGAGCGGGAAGGUGAGGGUCUGUCGAAGUCCUCUUCCCUCCAGAUACUUGCUGAAUCCUUCUUCUGCUUCCUGCACUGCUUGUUCUUUGUCCAUGUCCCAUGGUACAGAUCGUUCUUCUACUAUAGACAUCUCAGAAGUCGAGGGAAUAGAGGGUUCAGUGGAGGGUGUUUCUUUGUAAGGUUGUUCGACAAGAGUGUCUUCAGAGGAGAGGUAGAUGGAUUCACUGGAAGACAUGUUUGCUGGAGGAGUGAAUAA